AACACACAACCUAUUGACGCCGACCUGAAUCCACCCCCCGCAUUCCCUGAAGGCUCAUCUGACAGUCCAUUCACCGCACCUCGCCCUUCUCGUCAUCGUAAACUUAGUCAAAGUAACCCAAACCCCCGCCCUAACCGCAAAGGUAUCAGAGGGAAAAUGGCUUUAAUUGUCUUUGGGAUUACCUGGCAGACUAAUGGGCACGACGGGCCAUCUGGGUACUAUCCCUUCAUCUGA